UUCUUCAUUAAAAUCCUCCAUACAUGCUCAUCCUUCACCGCAAUCGAUCCACCGGCGACGAUUUGCUUGGCUUUUCCAAAAUCCUGACCUCCGACGGCGUUUCGCAGCUUUUCAGCGAGACUCGAUCGAUUUCGAGUGCUCACGUGUGUCAGGCGGUGCAUUUUUACCUGAAAACUGCAAAAAAAUUGCAAAAAUCUGAAAGAAAAUCGCGAAAAAUCGAAGAAAAUUGAGCGAAAAUUAAAAAAAAAAUAAAAACCCGUUGUCGGAGAGGAGUACACCGGCGGUGGCCUAGGAAACUCUGAACUAGUCCCCAGGCUCAUUUUGAGCGGGAAUUUGAAGAUGGAUGUUUUCGAGCUGACAAAAAAGACACUUCUCGCUGUAAUUUCCGAAUCCAGCAGCUCAGAUGACUACUUAGAAGCCCUGGCCGAGAUCGAAGGACUCGUAAAACACGAGGCAGCAGCCACAAGUUUCCAGCUAAUGGAACGUGGAAAAGUACGAGAAUUGGCAGUUCCAAAGCCAGAAUUCUAUAAUAAACGUCGAAAAUUUGAAGAUUUCCAGGAGAAAACAGUUUUCGACUGGAAAAGCGAGUUUAACCUGAAAAAUGCGAAGAAAGUCGAGAGAUGGACGGUGGAAGAGAAGGAAAAACGGGAGAAACAGCGAUGUUUUAUUGAAGUAGAACACUACAAAAAGAAGGAAUACCUCAAUUUUCUGUACCCUGGCGUCCAUUAUUGCACCUGCCCAUAUUUCCAGUCAACCGUGCUUCAAAAGCAAACUAAUUGGAUUUGUGUUCACAUUUUGGCAUACUAUUUCGCCAAAAAUUUCGGAAAAAUCGAACGGAUCGAGUGUAAAUCCGAAAUAGUUGGACUUGUGAAGAAAAUUUUUAUAAGAUCGAUUUUUUUGGAGGAGAAAAAAUGAUUUUUUUUAAAUGGUUUUUUUUGUUGUUAUUUAUAUAUAUAUUAUUCAUAAAGCUUAUAUUC